AUGGCUGCGAAAUACGACGCAAUAACACUCGAUCGUUAUUUGGAUGAAGAUUUGACUUUAAUAAGCAAUAAAAAUGUGUGGAAAGAAUAUAAACGUGGUGUUCAAUGUAAAGCCGAUGUGUGCUAUAUUUAUAAACCACCUGGUGAUUCUAUUUGGUGGAUAAAAUUAGUCGCACAUAUCGAAAAUAGUUCAUUGGCAAAUAUCGAUGAUCUACUCGAUGCGAGUCUCAAAGAACGUCAUCCGGAAUGGCAUGAACUUUUCAUCGAUGGUCGAAUAGUGCGCAAAAACGAGGACGGUCGCAGUGAAAUUUGUUAUUUUCAAUAUGCAUCUCCAUCAAUUUUGAUCUCUCCACGUGACACAUGUUAUAUUAAAGUACGACGAGCUCUACCUAAUGGAUUUAUGCUUAGCUAUCGAUCGAUCGAUUUACCGGAAGCAAGAGAUUCAAGCGGUAAAUUUGUACGAACAACGUUUAAAGGUGCGCAUCUAAUUGAGAAGACCGAACACGAAGACAGUUUUCGUUACACAUAUAUUCAAUAUGCCGAUCCUGGUGGUCUUAUUCCUAAGAUACUCGCUAAUCGACCUCAAUGUGAUAUUAUUCUUAAAGAAAUUGAAGGUAUUCGGCGUGCUAUGAAAAAUCCAAUGCGUUUACAUCGAUACACAGAUACAGCGGGGGCUGUAGAUGGCCAUUGA